GGGUGUUGUCUGAUUGGUCGAGCGGAGUCAGGAAAACGAGUUCUGUUGCCGAGAGAGAAACAGCGCAAGAGAAAAAACAAGACUGGAGUUAAAAAAAAAUCUAACUUUAAAAAAAAAAUCGGCAGCUCAACGAAGGACUGUCUUUUCCAUGAAGAAAAACAGAAGAACACGUCACAACAAAGAAGGAAUGGGUCAAAUCGCUGUUCUGACAGUGUAUCGAUGAUCGGAAGGCGCUGAUUUCGGCUCAGAAUUGCCAAGAUCAUCAAAGGGGAGGUCAUCCAGGCCACAUUUAAGAUCCAAUAGAGGUAAGCCAGUGCUGGAGGAAGACACGCAAGAUGAAGCCAGUGAGACGGCAGGGAGGGCGCUCGCCACUCUCAUUGAGGGCCAAAAGUAACAAGAGAAAGCCAACGGCAAGCCAGGGACCUUCAAAUACAUCCCCACUGUCCUUGGAUGGCCAAACAGAGAUGGGGGAGAUGGAGACACAAGAACAGAAACAGGAAGAUUCUCGUAGUUCACCCACAGACAUCGACCCAACAGACACUCAGGAGUUAGAGAGCAUCAGUCAAGCCACUGGGGUCCCCCUUAAUAAGGGACAAAGCUCAAGGAUCAGGGAAGUGCGCAACUGGAGAUUAAGAGAUCACUCUUUGCUUUUGGACAGUAAAGAAGGUGUAGUUGAGAGCAGUCCUUCCAGAGACCAUCACAAAGGCCACGAGUCAUUGCCUUCAAGAGCAAUCGGUGAAGAUGACAGUGGGAAAGAGGAGUCCUCGUCUGGAAGCAGCAACCAUCCUCCAUCUAGCCGCAAAACUGCCACAUUCAAGUCGAAGGCACCCAAGAAGAAAUAUAUGUUUGACCACCGCAGCAGCAGCAUGACCAGUGGUCACCUUCAAAGCACAGAAAACUUUGAGAGUGUUGGCUCCUCGUCUGGGGAGCUGAUAUCUGGUGGUAGCGUAGUCUCUUCUGAAACGAGCAACAGCAGUCGGGAGGACUGUGAUGGCACUUCUCACAGCAACAACAGCCUCACUUACAGCAAAGAGGACAAGCAAUCUGCUGAGUCAAAUUUGGAGGAAGCCCCCGAUUUUUCAGGUGGGACACCAGUGGCAUCAGCCAGCACUUCUGAAUUGCACGAUAGUAAUAAUGAACGAGAAGGUAUCUGCAGCUUGCUUUCAGUGCGCUCCUCAAGUACGGACACUGCCAGUGAACACUCCGCUGACUCUGACAUUGAUGCCGGCCCUGCCACCAGCACUUUAACCUCAUGUGGUAUCGAUGCAGAAGGCAGAUGUCUGGAUAAAGAAAUAAAGCACGAUUUAGACUGUUCCAGAGACAAAGAGAAGCAGCGGCCUUUCUGGUAUGACCUGCGACACCUCAAAUCCAAGCGAGUUUUGGCUCGACGCAGUCAUGACUCAGCUGGGGAUGGCCCGUCCUUUUUCCAGUCUGGUGUAGUGAAGCAAAUUCGUCGGAGCAGUGAUUUAGGAAUUCAGUUUUCUGGGGAGCGCUCUUUAAUAUACUACGAAGGAGGAAUGUCUUUUGGAGGAGCAUGUGGCUCUUCGAGUUCAGCAGUGGAUGUGAUCCUUGAUGUCGUUCCUCCCCCUAGUGCAGUGGCAGUUGGAACUCGGGUUUGUGUUUGUAUCAGUCCAAAUGAGACAAUCUACAGAGAGGGAAUGGUUCUGGAAAUUAACCCCAAGCCAGUUUCAUAUCGGGUAUUAUUGGAUGGAGCCUCCAAGUCUUCAGGGAACCAUGAGGAGACUGGUGUGGGUGCAAAGAAGGACAAUGACUCUGUGUGGGUGUCACUGUCAAGUCUGCGGCUCCUCCAUUCCCCAUGGAUUAAGGAAGACAGUUCUGAUUCUACUUUCACUGAAGAGGAAAAUGGAGCACUUGGAGGAGGGUGCAAUGCAGGCAAGGAAAAAUGCAAAAAGAUGGUUAAUGAUACUCCUGUAGACCGGGACUUGGAGAAAGAAAAAUGUGACAGUGGCACAGUGGUGCAUACUAUAUCCCCAUUCAUGUCCAAGUCCCGGCCGCUUAUCACACCUCUAACUUCUAACCCUGCUCCGGGUGUCUUUCUUGUAAAGCCAGAUUUGGGGACAGAAGGGGACACCCCACGAUCCCAAUACCAACAGACUCCUCCAGAGGAUGUGGAAGUUUCCAAAAUCAGCUUUCCCAUGGACUCUACCCCCAAGGCUGACAGUGUGGCGCUGAUGUUCCCCGGGGAAGAAAAGGGACAAAGCAGUGCACUGUCUGGACUCCCCAUUCAGCGACAGAUAUUAUCCCCUACAAAGUCUCCGGGAUACACACAGCUGGUUGUGGGCCCAAGUACGGGGAUGCUGCCCCUUGUCCUGGCGGGAAGUAGUACUCUUGCUUCAUCCAACCGUUGUUUAAUAGAACCGCCCACUUCUCUUCUCUGCCAGGAAGUGACCUCCUCUGCCACAGGGAGUGGACGUAGCAGCACUAGCAGCCUAUCUUUAGAAAAAAGCAACAGCCAGGGAGGAAGUGGGUGCACGACUCCAGCUGCUGGCUCCACUUCUCGCUCACGUACUCCUCUGACUGCUGCCCAGCAAAAGUACAAGAAAGGAGAUGUAGUAUGCACCCCAAAUGGAAUCCGGAAAAAGUUCAAUGGCAAGCAAUGGCGGCGGCUGUGCUCCCGUGAUAGCUGCAUGAAGGAAUCGCAGAGGCGAGGAUACUGUUCACGCCAUCUCUCCAUGCGCACUAAGGAGAUGGAGAACAAUGGGGCGAAUCUACCAUCGGAUACAUUCUCAGGUCUUGGCUCUGGGUCCCGCUCCAGCAGGCUGGACGGCCGGGCGAGCAGUGAAUUUGACUGGGACGACACAUCCAGGGAUAGCAGUGAGGCAAGCAGUCGUACUGACUCUCGCCCUCGGCUUGCGCUUUCUUCUCAGGCCAUCAUAGCUGCUGCAUGUGCCACACAGGACUUGUCUCGCUUUGACUUUGAUGAAUGUGAGGCUGCCAACAUGUUAGUCUCCUUGGGAAGUUCGCGCUCAGGAACACCUUCCUUUUCACCCGUCUCCAACCAGUCGCCUUUCUCGCCUGCACCCUCCCCUUCACCUUCUCCUCUCUUUGGGUUCCGACCAGCUAACUUCAGCCCUAUAACAGCCUCUCCUGUUAUUCAGAGAAUAGCGGGACCAAACAGGCAUGCAACGGCCAGCACCCCAAAAGUAGUUCCAUUACUGGAAGGGAUUGGCGGGUCACAGCACAGUGGGGGUACUCCACACCGAGAACGGCACAUUUCGGGGAUCCAGCCCACAUUCCAGGCAAACCUGACUUUCACAGUACCGAUGAGCCCCAACAAGCGCAAGUCGGACUCUCACUGCCCUGCCUCAACUGGGAACAGCAUGUCUAUUACCACCCCAAUAGCUGGUGGCAGUGGCAGUACCAGUUCAUCCUGUUCAACAGCUCCGGAUUUUCAAAAGAGUGAUAGCCUGGACUCUGGUGUUGACUCCAUUUCUCAUACUCCCACUUUGCCAUCCACCCCAGCAGGAUUUAGAGCAAUGUCCCCAGCCAGCCAGUUCCCAGGUUCCCAACAGGCUUCACCUCUUCCACUACUGUCACCCACACCUUCUGCCAUGACUUCUGAUCCCUGUACCACUGUACGACGGGUACCAGCACAGCAGCACCAGCAAAGAGACUCGCCAGUUAUUGUUAGAAACCCAGAUGUCCCUUUACCAGCCAAAUUCACAGAAAAACCCUUGGGAAUUGGGAACAUUGGGGUUGAUCCUCACAAUGGUGGCUCGGCUAGUCCGAGGACACCAAGAUUUACUGGUACUAAAGAAGGUGGAGUAGUAGGAAAUGUGGCAGGAAGUAAUGCCAGGGCAAAAGUGACCGGCCUGCAAAUACCUGUACCAAUCAAUGCCAACCAGCUUGGCGUGGGUGCAAAUGCUGCCAACGGUAUAAGUCGCAGUUUACAGAUGGGUGUGUCUUCUGCAAGCAGCAGCACUCAAUCAGAACAGUCUGUCGUCAGCAGUGCUACCCAGACCCAUGCUACUGACUCUGUGGCACGUGGCACUGUGGGAAACCCAGCUGUGGGAAGUGUGGGUGCAGUGGGCUUUGGAGGAGUCGUCACACCAUUACCUUACCAUCCAGCUCCCACCGCCCUACUGCCAGUCAUCGUUCCUUCAGAGUUCUCACACCCAGUACCACGCAAAGACAUCAUCAUGGGCAGGCCAGGCACAGUUUGGACAAAUGUGGAGCCCAGGUCUGUGCCUGUGUUUCCCUGGCAUUCUCUGGUCCCAUUCCUUGCUCCCAGUCAGUCAGAGUCUUCUGUUCCUUCAUCUGAGAGUCAGCAGGCUGUCGAUCAUCCUCCCAUGCCAAAUCAAAAUAAAGAUCCUUCGCUUUCCUGUGUUGUCCCAGUUCCAGACUCUGGAAACAGUAGCUCAGGAGGUGACCCUGAGAAACCCACAGCACCCAGCCCCACACAGACUGAAGUCCCUCAUGCAGGGGCAGCUAUACCAGCCGAAGAUCAGGCACCAUUGGGAAGAGAGGGAGUCGUAGGUGGUGCAGACAGUGAGACUGAAAGUGAUGUUGAUGACCCAUUUUACCCAGCAUUGAUGUCUGAAGCACCAAUAUCUGUUUCUCCAGUAAAAAGGCGAACCCAGUCACUUAGUGCUUUGCCAAAGGAUCGAGAUAUAGGAUGUGACAAAGAGGGCCGAAGUCCAGGAAAGAGGGAGAAGGAUCACAUUCGUCGUCCUAUGAAUGCUUUCAUGAUCUUCAGUAAGCGGCAUCGGGCUCUGGUCCAUCAGAGGCACCCAAAUCAAGACAAUCGUACUGUUAGCAAGAUCCUUGGAGAGUGGUGGUAUGCACUGGGGCAGAAGGAGAAGCAAAAGUACCACGAUCUGGCUUUUCAGCUGAGACGAGUGUGUCCUCUGAUAGACGCUAGGACACUGCUAGAUCCUACUCAACGCAGUAGGCCACCCAUAGACUGUCCUGGAUGUUCACAGCCUGGAUCCUGCAGCCCCACACCUUGCUGGAAUUCGCCACCUGGCCGCUCAGCGCCACCCUGCGUCCCAUUUUAA